AUGGCGUUCAACUUCAACUGGUCGCCUUUGAUGGCAGACGCGGGUUUUUACACUCGUGCUCAAGAACUGCUGACAGCCGCCCUCAAUAAAUCCCCCAAACCGCCCAUCAUCGUCGAUGAUAUUAUUGUAACCGAACUCAACCUGGGCUCUAUGCCCCCUAAUCUGGAGAUCCUGGAGAUCGGAGACCUGGCGGAGGAUCGUUUUCGUGGAAUUUUCAAAAUGUCCUAUUCCGGAGACGCCUUUUUGACUCUCAAGACCCGAGUCCAAGCCAACCCACUCAAUACCUACUUGAUCACUCGCCCUUCUUUUGCAUCGCCAAAACCCCUAGCGGCCGCUACCCCGCUCACCAUCCCUCUCCAAAUCACUCUGUCGGAUUUUAAGCUCUCCGGCUUCGUCAUACUGGUCUUUUCCAAACAAAAGGGUAUUACUGUCGUCUUUCGAAAUGAUCCACUUGAGUCGCUCAAAGUCUCCUCCACAUUCGACUCGAUUCCGUUCGUACGCGACUUCCUGCAAAAAGCCAUCGAGGCUCAACUACGCAUCCUGUUCAUGGAUGAACUACCUGCGAUCAUUCAUCGGUUAUCUCUUCGCCUAUGGGUUCCGGAUUACCGCGCAGGGGAGGAUGCUCAGAAUCAGACAGAGAACACCAACCAAACGACCAGCGAAGGCCCCGGCCAAGAUCCGCUGGCGAGCCCACCACAAGAUCCCGUCGACUCUCUUGGAAAUGCGCUGAACGAAUCCGAAAUCGCAUCUCUAUCCCUAGACUCCUCGGUCGAGACUCAUUCCCUGUUCUCACAGAAGAAUCUUCUCCGUCUUGCCGCUUUGACGGAUUCUCAACGCACCUUGUCGUUAUUCACACCCUCUAUCAAUGAAGUGGUCUACCGCGCCUGGACUUCUUCCUCCGAUUCGAAUGAGUUCGCUGCCAGUGUAAUUUCACCUCUGAGCCCCGCUCUUUCCCGCACAAACUCGCACGUCGGUAGCAUGGCUUCAUCUAUUCACGAGACCGGUAGCACAAUAUCCUUGCAAAGCCGACCUUCCGUAUCAAGCCACUCAGUUAGCAGCUACGGUCUCAGCUUAGGUGCUGGACGUCAUUCUAAAGCCCAUUCUCGAAAGCGCAAGAAGCGUGUAGUGGACUUGCGUCGUCCCAAGACAACCGAUGACGCGAUGAGCGUGAGUGACGAUGGCAGCCAUGCCGAGUCCUCGGCCCCUCGAUCCAUCGCCUCCGCGCCGCUACCAAUCCUGAACGAGCAGUCUGAUGAUCCAGUGACCCCGCCCUUGUCACCCGAGUUGGACUUUCACCUCCAGACGAUCCCGGAACGAGACCGCAUGAGCAUUUCCCGACCAGCUUUCCCUCGGGCCAAUGCGGCACACGAGGAACCAUCUUAUGCCCGUGACACAAUCCGCGCUUCUCAGGUUCCGGAUGUAGAUGCGACUCCUCGUCCUGUACGAGCCAUUUUCAACGAUGAAAAGGCUGAAGCCGGCCCUUCUUCAGGUGCCGCUCGUAACCCUUUACCCGCCACCAUUCUUCCAUUCACCAAGGAAGAUGAGGAAACCAAGGGCGAGUCCGUUGAUCCUCGACUGGUUGAGCGACUUGCGGGUGAAAUUGCCCGCCGAAUGCGCGAGGAUAAGCUCAUGACCAAUGCCUGCAGUAACUUCUGGGCUCGCUCCCAGGAUGAUGCACCACCGGCCUAUGGCCAUUAA